AUUAUUUUUUUAACUCGGGAGAGUCGGGGGGAAAGCAGAAAGGCCGAAGCCCGUACCCGAAGGCCUGCAAACACCCAAACUAAUGAGAAAAAAGGCCGAUCCUUCUAAUCCUUCGUUGGAUCGCUUCCACUGCGACGGACAUAGUCUAAUGAACGGAAAGCAGCCUUUGCUUGGAACUGCGACCGUAACUCUGCCAAACGAAACAAGUCCGAGGCCAUCGAGCGCACUCCUCGUACGGAACGGCGGUAGGCCGCUCUUCGUCGUUUUCAUCGUGGCCAAAGGGACGGCCCGAGUCGUGUGCCGCGGCUCGUCUGCGCGUCAUGCUGCCGUUGGGACUCUCGCCGCUGCUACUGCUGCUGCUGCCGGUCGUGCCAUGCAAUGGGUUCCGGAAGGCCAAGCUCAGUCCAAGGCUGGAGCUGUCGCAGUUCUUGCAGAACGUUUCCUGGCAGCACGAUCCUCGGCUCUCCAAGGCACUGAGGCAGUCGGUGCUUGACAUCAUGGAGCGGCGGCCAGGCCCUGACCUGUUCCGACGACAGCGGGCACCGUUCCGUCCCGUCGGGGACCUCCAGAUAUUCCGCAGUUUCAGCCCCAGGGGCCAUCUGCAGAGGCCCGGCAUGGUGCGACGCGGCCCCGCCGGCGGCUCAGCGCGGCAAGCCGCGAGCCGGCCGAAGAUGAAGUUUGAGAAAGGAAAGCCUCACAUCUAUGAGAAGCGAAGCGAGAAAAGCGUGGAUCUGUUCUGCAGUGUUGCCUAUCAGGCACAGGUGUCCAUCUUCUGGACGCUCAACGGGAAACCGCUGGAAGACUACGACUCCCUCUCCGAGGAAACUGUGCCAGAGGGACGCAUAUCCAGCUUGUCCAUUAAUACCUUGACGCGACUGCCCACCAGGACUGGUGUGUACACCUUUAACUGCACUACACUGACGGACUACGACCUGGCCACCGUGCAUCUGGAUGUCUCGCUCCCUCUCAGUGAUGAAUGCGGUGGCCAGCACAAUACCGAUUGCGCCGAAAGAAUUGCCGUGUGCAGGGACAAGAGUUGCGUCUGCGAAGGCUACUACAAAGUAAAACUGAAUUCUGUACAUGUGACCUGCCGCAGCGAGGCCUUUCUGGAGACACCUUGCAUGUAUGACGAGCAGUGCCUGAGCACCAGCAACCACAGCGAGUGCACCAGCCGUGGUUGGUGCGCCUGCCUCAAAGGCUACGGUCGCACCGAGGAACAGAAGUGCGUGCCCAAAGUGGGGGCUCGCUCGCGCUGCAACUCGGAAGACGAGUGCGCAGACUACGACGCUACUUGCAUCCUCAACCACUGUACGUGUUUCAGCCACAAAAAGGAGUUCGGCGACCGGUGCAUCAACAUCGCCGAGCACAUGAAAAGCCGCAGUGUCAAUCCGAGUGUGCGAUGGAUCACCCUUUGGGGCUUGGUGCUCUUGGCCGCUAUGUUCGACGCCGGGGUCUGCGCCUAGGGCUGUUACUUGGCUCACCGUGUACAUAGGAGUGCGGGCCUUCGCAGCCUCUGGCCUUUUCGUUGGGUGCCUCCGCAAUCGUGGAGGCUACUUAGCGAAGAACAUGCACGACGUCCUUUGCAAACGCCGGUCGGUGCUCCGGGGAAACACGACGGGUACCGAACGAAACGCACUGUUCAAACUGUCGGAUAGCCUCAUCAUUGGACGAGAUUUUCUUCGUCGGGAAGGAGAGUGGUUGCCAGUGGUGCAUUCUGUUCGAAUAUCACCUGCUUACGCUUUAGUGUUCACGUAAAAUAAGUAAAUUAAAACUAUAUCUCC